AUGGGCACAGCCACCGGCAUGGGGACGGUGACGGGUCCCCUCCAGGACCCCGACCCCGAGGGACACUACCAGUUCCGUAUCAUCGUGCUGGGGGACGCGGCCGUGGGGAAAUCAUCGCUGCUGCGCUGCUUUGCAGAGGGUCUGGGUGAGGGGGCGGCCACCCCCUGCCCCACCGUUGGCGUGGAGUUUUACAGCCGCACCGUCCCGCUGCCGCCCGCCGGCAAGGCCAAGCUGCAGCUCUGGGACACGGCCGGGCAGGAGAGGUUCAGAUCCAUCACCAGGUCCUUCUACCGGA